CGCCAACUUGUCACAGUUGAUAUCUUACGUAUAUAUAUAACAUUUGCUACAACUUUACCAGCCAGGUCUUGCAAGAAUUUGUUAAAUAAUCUAUCUUUUUAUUAAAAUAUGAAUAAUUUAACCCGGUUAAUGGCGAAUUGUGUUGUACAGACACAAAGGCACAGCUUGCUACCAGUUGCAUCCAACAUUGCUGUUAUGCAAUUGCGAAACAAAACGAAAUAUGUAGAAAAGCCAAAACCGGGAAAUGGCCAGCAGUUUAGACGAAUAGUACACUUCAAAGAUGAGUACACGGUUGAACCGUUGGAAACCACGCAUUUAGCUGGGCGCGAUCCCGUCACCGGCCGUGUUGUGGCCAAAGGUAUUGGUGGUGGCAUAAAACAAAAAUACCACUGGAUAAAGUGGGUACGAGAAGGUCCGACAGAAGGACCCGCACAAGAGGAGAGAGUUAUUGAAAUUAUGGAUGAUGGCUGCCGGACUUCUAAAAUAGCAUUGGUGGGUGUGGGAGAUGAACUGAAGUACAUUUUGGCAACGGAAAAUAUGAAGGCAGGUGAUAUUAUCAAAACUUCCCGUUUUAUACCCAGGAUUCCCGUUCGACCCAACGAAGGCGACGCUUACCCUUUAGGAGCUUUGCCUGUUGGAACCCGAAUUCAUAAUUUAGAAAAGAAUCCCGGUUAUCCUUGUCAUCUGAUACAUGCAGCAGGGACAUAUGGCACCAUUCUGAGGAAAUUUGAUGAUAAAGUUGUAGUUCAAUUGCCAUCUAAGCGUGAAUUUGCCUUUGACAAAACAUGUAUGGCCACCGUAGGACGUGUUAGCAACAUAGACCACAAUAAGGAACAUAUUGGAUCGGCCCAAAAAAUGCGUGAGCUUGGUAACCGACCCAGGUCCGGAUUGUGGCAACGCAAAGAUGGUCGCUUCGGUCGCAAAAUACGCAAACUUCCUCCCAUGACAUUGGUACCUCCUCCUCCGGCUAAAGCAGAAGAAGUUAUAAGGCUGACAAUCCCCUUAUAAGUUACCUCUCAAUGAAAAAAUCUUUUAAAACUAUGAAUAUAUUAUUGUUGAUUAAAUGUAGAAUUGUUUAUCUUAA